AUGUGGUUGAAAUCAUUGCUGCUCUGCUUGUACUCUUUAGUACUUUAUCAAGUCCAUGCUGCACCUGCAUCAGAGAAGAAGCUUACCUCGAAGGAUGUGGAUUUACAGAAGAAGUAUGAGCCCAGCCCCCCUGUCACACACCGUGGAUCAAUCACUAUUGAGUACUUUGAUCCCGUUUCCCAGUCGAUGAAAGAGGCGGACCUGACGUUCGAGUUGUACGGUACUGUCGUUCCCAAGACUGUGAACAACUUUGCUAUGCUGGCUCAUGGUGUUAAGGCUGUUGUCGAAGGGAAAGAUCCCAAUGAUAUCCAUACUUACUCAUAUCGUAAGACCAAAAUCAACAAGGUUUUUCCUAACAAGUAUAUCCAGGGUGGCGUGGUUGCCCCAGACGUGGGUCCCUUCACCGUUUACGGGCCCAAGUUUGACGAUGAGAACUUUUACUUAAAGCAUGACAGGCCUGGUAGGCUCGCAAUGGCCUAUUUUGGCCCUGAUUCUAACACUUCGGAAUUCAUCAUCACCACUAAAGUCGAUGGCAAUGAGGAACUGGAUGGCAAAAGUGUCGUGUUUGGUCAAAUAACUUCUGGUCUAGAUGAAUUAAUGGAUGUUAUCCAAUACACAGAAACUGACGAGUAUGGAAAACCCCAGCAUGAAUUGCGGUUCCUGUAUUUCGUUUUAGAAAUCUUAAAAAUCAGUAACAUCCUAGACUUGCACGCUACAUACACAGAGAAGAAUGGUAAAUUUAGAAACGGUGAUACAUCUGUAGGUUCCACUUUGAAAGAUAUUUUCCCUAAAGAUAAAGGUUACACCACCUCAACCAGUGCCUUUACUAAAACUACAGCCUUCGAUUUAAACCACCCAGUUUCCAGAGCCUUGAUGUGCUUAACUGUUCUUGCCUUCUGUUUCAUUGCUUACAGGUGCAUGCACGAAAAGCCUCGUACGGUCUCAUUAAGGCGCAAGUAA